AUGAGUCCCGACAAAGAGAAAUCCAGGUACAAACGAUCAGAUAGGAAACGUAGUAAGGAGAAAUCACAAGUCGAAGAUCUUUCACACUUGGAUCACAUAUUCGAUCCUGAUGGACGCUACAGAGAAACCAAAUUCGAAGGAAUGCUUAACGAAGAUGCAGCAGAUGAUGUGGAAAUCCCGUCGAAAACGGAAAAAGAUGACUCAGCAAAAAGAGAAAAAGAAAAGAAAAAACCGGCUCAUUAC